UGUAUCGGCAAUACAACACCUGCAAUGUUUUGUAUAUUCAAAUUCAUUUUUUAUAAUGAAUAGAGAGUUUUUUACUUAUAAGUAGUGAUUAGUAGCUUGUGUAUAGUGCUGUGAUAUUUGUAAUGGAUGCGGAGAACGAGUACGAAAUAAAGAGAGCUCGUGAUGCAAUACAGAUGAUUGAGACCAUUCAGUCUAUGAUCGACGUUUCAGCGGAUAGACUUGAAGGUUUACGGACGCAAUGUUCUACGAGUGCUGAGCUUACUCAACAGGAGAUUCGUACGCUAGAGGGCAAACUGGUGAAGCAUUUCUCCCGGCAGCUGGUGUUCAAGGCGCAGUUUGGGGAGGAGCUGCAGCGCGAGCUAGGCGACGUGCCAUGUUUGGCGCAAUGGCUGCGAGUUGUCGGACUAAGUCCACAUGCUAUCGAGGCGGUAUGUUCCCGCGUGGCGACGUUGGAGGCGCUGCGCGAGCGCUCCGACCACGAGUUGCGCGCGCUGCUGGCGGCCGCGCGAGACGAGGAGCUGCGCCGACUGUGUCGCGCUAUGCAGCGUCUGCGCACAUACACAGAAGCGCUAGCGCGAGGUGAGGGCGCUGCAGAGCUGCCUCUGUACUGGGACUCAUGGGAGAGACAUGCGCGCUCCUCGCCCAGGCCAAGGAAAGGUGGCAAGUCCCCGACGACGCCGGUUAGCAAGCGCAAGCAGAACUCGCACCUGCCAGCGCCCGCCGCCCUCACCAAGUCUCGCUCUCACGAGUCACAGCUCUCUGUCAGACCUGACGCAUCAGAUCUUAGUGACAACAGUCAGUCGUCAGCAAGGGAUGCUACAGAGGGUGCAGAGGGUGCGGAGGGUAGUCCACCCGGUUCCCCGCGAGAUGACGCAGAUAGUACUCCGCAGCGUCUUGCGCAUCCCGUCUAUUACCCGCCCGUACACUGCAACAACACUAUUUCUGGUACGGGUACGACAGCGCCUCGGUCUCCUCGUACUCCGACAGUUGGUCGCUGUAUGGCUCACGAUAUCGCACAUCGCUUCACCAAAACCUUCAAUAUGAUCGCCACUUGCGAUUACUGCGACAAACAGAUGCUCUUCGGUGCAGGACUCAAGUGUAAGGAGUGCAAGUUCAAGUGCCACCGAGACUGUGAAAGUAAAGUUCCUCCGUCGUGCGGUUUGCCGGCCGGCUUUGUUGUUGCUUUUAAAGAAAAAUUUCACAAAGACGCGGCGGGUGGGUCGUACUUGUGCGCGUCACCGAGCGGUAAGAGUGCGGGCUUCCUAUCCUCGCUCACUAGUCGCCCGCGACGACGACGACAGCCGCCGCAACCACGACACUACUCUUUGUGUGUCCCCCAGGGCGGGCCUGACUCGUCAUCGAACACGUCAUCGUGCAACAGCUCGACGCCCUCGUCGCCCGCUCUCGCCGCGCCCACGACGCCGCAGCACGCCCACCACGCCCACGCCCACGGCCAUGCGAACGCGCACGCCCACACGCACAACGCGCACGCGCCCAACAACAAGCAGCAACAGUUCCAUUUCCCAGAAGUAAAGCCUCCAGUGUCAAGUCCGAACCAUAAUUCCGUGGUGCAGUCGCCUGUGAGGCCUUCACCGGAUAACAAAGAUGAUCUCACCUCUAGUGUUAAAAGUGAUCGGUCGCGGCAUGUGUCACUGAGCGGGUCCGGCUCUACGGACAGCGGCGGCGGCGCACGCGCAGACUCCCUCGACCUAAACUCGCACGACUCGCGCUGGCCCAGACAGAACUCGUUGUCUAUGAAGGAGUGGGACAUUCCUUACGAUGAGCUGAAGCUGUUCGAGGUGAUAGGUGCGGGGAGGUUCGGCACUGUGUACCGCGGCAGCUGGCAUGGUGCUGUCGCCGUCAAGCUGCUUCAUGUGCACUCACUCAGUGACCACUGUGCACAGCUCGACACCUUUAAACACGAGGUGGCGACGUUCAGGAAGACCCGUCACGAGAACCUGGUGCUGUUCAUGGGGGCCUGCAUGAAGCCGCCGCGGCUGGCCAUCGUCACCUCCUUGUGCAAGGGCAUGACACUCUACACACAUAUCCAUCUGCGGAAGGACAAGUUCACCGCCAACAAGAGUGUCAUCGUCGCACAGCAGAUCUCACAGGGUAUGGGAUACCUCCACGCGCGAGGCAUUCUCCACAAAGAUCUCAAGACGAAGAACAUAUUCCUAGAGAAUGGAAAAGUGGUCAUCACCGACUUUGGACUCUUCAGCGUCACCAAGCUUUGCUUUAGCAACAACGCGCGUGGUGACAGCCUGGGCAUCCCGCCGGGCUGGCUGUGCUACCUGGCUCCGGAGCUGGUGAGAGCACUGCGUCCUCAUGCCUCACUGCAUCUGCCCUUCUCCAAGUGCACCGAUGUAUACGCAUUCGGUACUGUGUGGUACGAGCUGCUGUGCGGGGAAUAUCCAUUCAAGGGUCAGCCUCCUGAAGCCAUCAUCUGGCAGGUGGGCAAGGGUGUGAAGCCUUCGCUUGCUAACAUGCAGGCCUCCAGAGAUAUUAAAGACAUCCUGAUGCUGUGCUGGUCGUACAGAUCUUCUGAGCGUCCUGAUUUCCCGCAUUUGCUGUCUACGUUGGAGAAGUUGCCUCGUAAGCGCCUCGCUCGAUCACCAUCACAUCCUGUUCAUCUCUCGCGCUCCGCAGACUCCGUCUUCUGAGAGCUAGCCUGCGCACGCGCACUCUGCGUGCGAUCCUAACUACUUUGUCACACCUCUCAUACAUAUACACGCGUUCACUAUAUGCGCAAUUAAUCCUUCAAAGAUCACUGAGGACACCACUUAGUGCAGUUUAUACAAUAAUUGAAAGCUUAAUAAGCAUUAAAUGUUUCUGAUAUUGACAUUUUUGAAAAAUAUAAAUAAAAAAAGA